AUGGAUCCCAAACACUCCACCGAAAUCUUCAAGUGAGUUCUGUGCAUCCAAUUUACUCUUGAGUUAAUGGGUAUUUUACUUGACCUUUAUUUUUCCCUGAUUGUAUCGUUGAUCUUCACAUGGAGGCUCCUGGAGAAUCAACAAGAAAUCCUCAUGGAAGCUUACAGGUCCCUGUCCCUUGAGCUGCAUACUCUUCAGGUUACUAAACCUAGCUUUCCUUCUUUCGGUAUAUAAAUUUAGGGUAAUUUGCGGGCCUUCAUGGUAGCUUUCCUAAUUUUUAAUACCCGUUUACUGGUAAUCUGUGGGCAUCAUGGUAUUUCUCUUGUUUAAAUAGGUGGAAGAGGAGAUGCUGAUGCGUAAAUUCUAUGAAUUCAUGUCUGCAAAAGGCUUAAUCAAGAAGGUAUGGCACGCUUAUUUCAUCUUCAAACAUGAGUGUUCUAGGUGGGUUUCCCAUAAUGGCAGAUGGGGAGAAGUUGGCUUUCAGGAGGCCGGAAUUGGGCUUGAUAAACCUGGCCCGAAUCAGGUCAUCUUUUACAUGGUCAACCUCUGAGCAUCCGUAGAACUCUCUCUCUCCCUCGCUCCGUCUCUCUCUCUCUCUCUCUCUCUCUCUCUCUCUCUCUCUCUGAGACAUGUGCGCGGAGCUUCAUAAGUGUCCUACCUAGUCUGCUCCAUUUUCUGGGUUUUUUUCUAUAGGGUUGGGCCUGGUCUAGGCUUUCUAAAACAUGACCGUGCGUAGGCUGAAUUUGGCAGGGCACUGGUCUCAUUGACAAUCCCUAAAUAUAUUUCUUCUUUCCCCUUAUAGUAACUUAAAUGCAUAGAUAUAUUUAUGUGUGUAUCCCGUUAUUCUUUCAGGGAAAAAAGGAAAACGAUUUGUACACUGAAGAUUCUAGUCCGUCUGAGGCUCAAUGA